AUGCAGAAGACAUGUUCUCAAGUUUCGUAUAGGGAUUUGGCUGAGCGACUGAAGCCUGCUUCCGGCAGCAAGACAUUCACAGCGACAGUUCAACCACACAAAUCUGCAGGUCGGGAACACUGGACGGAGUUCUCGCCGAAAAGCCAAGAACUUUCUCUCCCAGCGCAUUGUGUUGCCAAAUUAGACUUAUGGACUAAACGGGAGGCAUACUUGAGUCUCAUCCCACCAAUGGGUGCUUCGAAUAACCUUCCGGGACACGACGCCGUUAUCGAUCUUUUCUUCACAAAUGCUGCUAGCGCCGUGAAAAGUCAGAGCUGGCGCCACGCCAGGUACGCCUACUACUGGCUUUGCGACAUUGCGCAAAGGUAA